CCCUUGUCCUGCCGAGCAACCUCCUCCUGCCAAGCGUCUAGCGCUGUGUCUGCACGCCCCGGCCGCCCUCCGGGCUCUGCGCGAGGAGGGCGUGGGGGGACAGAGCGUGCGGCCCGAGCCUCCCGGCGGCGGGGCCCGUCUCCCGGAGCAGCGCCGCACCGACCGCGCCGAGCGCCCAGAGCCUCCGGACAAUGGGGCCGCGGUGGCUGCUGCUCGCCGCCGCGGGGCUCAGUCUAUGCGGCCCCUUGCUGUCGGCCCGCGCCCGAGGCCCCAAGCCGGAGUCAGAAGCAACAAAUGAUACUCUGGGUCCCCGGACAUUUUUUCUCAGGAAUCCCAAUGAUAUAUUUGAACCAAUCCCACUGAAGGAGGAUGAGGACCAAAAUGAAAGUGAAUUCACAGAAGACAGAUUAAGCUCCGGCAAUAGAAGCAGUCCUCCUCAAAAAUUACCCCCCGUGUUCAUCUCAAAAGAUGCCUCAGGAUAUCUGACCAGCACCUGGUUGACUGUCUUUAUCCCCUCCGUCUACACCGGCGUGUUCCUCGUAAGCCUUCCUCUAAACAUCAUGGCCAUCAUCGUGUUUAUCUUGAAGAUGAAGAUCAAGAAGCCCGCCGUGGUGUACAUGCUGCACCUGGCCAUGGCAGACGUGCUCUUUGUGUCUGUGCUCCCGUUUAAGAUCAGCUACUACUUUUCCGGAAGUGACUGGAGAUUUGGGUCUGCCAUGUGCCGCUUCAUCACCGCGGCGUUCUACUGUAACAUGUAUGCCUCUAUCAUGCUCAUGACGGUCAUCAGCAUUGACCGGUUCCUGGCUGUGGUAUACCCCAUGCAGUCGCUCUCCUGGCGUACUCUGGGGAGGGCUUCCUUUACCUGUCUGGCCAUCUGGGCCAUGGCCAUCGCGGGGGUGGUACCUCUGCUCCUCAAGGAGCAGACCACGCAGGUCCCGGGGCUCAACAUAACCACCUGUCACGAUGUGCUCAACCAAACGCUGCUCGAAGGCUACUACUCAUAUUACUUCUCGGCCUUCUCUGCCGUCUUCUUUUUUGUGCCGUUGAUCAUUUCCACAGUCUGUUACGUGUCUAUCAUCCGAUCUCUUAGCUCUUCCGCGGUUGCCAACCAGAGCAAGAAGUCCCGGGCUUUGUUCUUGUCAGCUGCUGUUUUCUGCAUCUUCGUCCUUUGCUUUGGACCCACAAACGUCCUGCUGAUUCUACAUUACGCAUUCCUUUCCCAUAAUUCCAUGACAGAGGCUGCCUACUUUGCCUACCUCCUGUGUGUCUGUGUCAGCAGCAUAAGCUGUUGCAUUGACCCCUUGAUUUACUACUAUGCUUCCUCUGAGUGCCAGAGGUACCUCUACAGUAUCUUAUGCUGCAAAGAAAGUUCAGAUCCCAGCAGCUAUAACAGCAGCGGUCAGUUGAUGGCAAGUAAAAUGGACACCUGCUCUAGUAACCUGAAUAGCAGCGUAUACAAAAAGCUGUUAACUUAGGAAAAGGGACCGACAGUGAGUUAAAAAGAAAAUGUUAAAAAAGCAAAUAACCUGAGGAUUCUACUUAGUCCCUGACAAAAAAGUAUUUACUUUACCAUCUAAAACAACAAAUGUAUGAUUUACAUGCCUCCUUAUGAGAGCCAUUAAGCAUAUAUAUUUGUUAGUUACAGGAAAAAAAUAACAGGAAUAGAAAACAAUGUUAUUACAAGAGAGUGUUACAACAAGAACUGAAAUGUCACUUUUUUCAUAAAUUUACGUGAUUUAUUAUAGAUAUAUGUGUGUGUGUAUAUGCGUAUUUAUACACAUAUACUUGUAUCAUUUGCAGUGCAGUAUAGAAUAGGCACUUUGAAACCCUCUCUUUUUUUCACCAGAGAUUAUGGAAGUAAACUCUGAUUCUCUGAUUUCAUAUGCAAAGUUUAGGUUGGAGUUUAGCCCUGAACAUCUGAAGAAGUCCAUCAAUAGGGAGGGAUUCUACAGUUUGGACUUACACAGCUUUUGCCAAUAAGUGUUUUGAAAUUGUCCAACAGCAAUGUUUAAGUUAUUGAGGGAUGAGACUUAGUACUAUCUGUGUGUAGAGAAAGUUCUGCUGUUUUUCAUGUUAAACGUAUCAAAGUUUGAACUCUAAAAAUUAUUAAAACAGAUAAUAUGGGUAGCAUUUUUACUGUUUUACAUGCCGUGUGUGUAAACUAAGAAUGAGCAGAGGUCCCACCAGUGACCUGAGGUUGGCUUUCAAAGCACCCUGCCCCCAGAUGAAGGACUCCAAGCAUUAGGUACAAGACAGGGCCAGUUCAGAGAACAGAGGGACCAGGGCCACCAUGUUUGCUGUCUCCUGCUGGGAUUCCCUCAAGGACUGGCCGUGAGCUUAUCAUGUUUAUUAGAAGUUGGUGAAGUAGGAUGUGCUAUCCCAAGAGAUAAUGAAUAUAAAAGACUGCCCAUUUUAAGAGUGGAGAAAGAAGGCACGUUCACUUCUAGCAGUUAUGCUGCAAGGACCAUUCCCAGAUGGAAACACCUAUGUAGCAAACAUGGACACCCAUCGUGUGCUCUGAGCACCCUAAUGGGUGCUGGGCAAAUAGAGUUGAGUCAGACUGAAACCUGCUGUCAAGAAUAACAAAGUGGGCCGAUACACAGAGUGGGACGUGUGAAAGAAACACAUCAUUAGGUAAAGAAGUGCUUUUAGCCAGAUGUCACCAAGCAAGUUCCACAUAAGCCUGGCAGAUAAAGAACUUUGAACAUUUGGGUUACUUCUCCCUGUGGUUAUAACUUGAGAUAAACAUAAUAUAGUACAGGAAGUGUGUUUUUAAAAAUAACUCCUUCAGUAACAAUAUGAAAUGUUUUAUUACAAUGUUAUUCAAGCAAGAUAAAAAUUAUAAAUUCUGUACGUAAUAUGAUCACCAACCUGACUGUGUAUCAACAUGAAAACAAAGUUUUACAUAAAAGAGAUUGAAAAAAAUAAACCAAAAUGUCAACUAAGGAUUAAAAAAUAUUAAGUCCUUCAGUCUGUCUUAAUUGGACUCUAUUUACAAAUGUUUUGUUCAAUAAAUUACUCAAAUCAGAUUUUUAAAACAUUAAUUAUGUCAGUCGGAUUAGAAAUGGCAGAAGAAAAUGGAAUUGACUUUGAAAUCCAGGAAAAUUAUUCUCUAUUUUCCAUUCACUUUUCUUAAGAGUUAAUGAGAUGAUUUUACAAGCUAUGAUGAGUAUCAAGUACAGAAUAUCCUCAUGUAUUUGAGAAAAUAAUUUGAAAAGUAGGUUGAAUUAUAUCUUUCUUUCCUUAUGAAAAAAUGUUGGCAUUUUAAACAAACAAAAAGAGUAGAAAGUUGUAAGGCAAGUACUUACCUAUUUAAAAGAGCAAAUUGUUUCCAAAUGCCGUAGAAUGAUUUACAUAAAAGUAUGUCUUGAAAGUAGAAGCUAACAUUGUUUUUAUUAACUUAGUUACGAUAUUCAUUUUAUCCAACUUAGUGGAGAUAUACUGUCAUUGAUUAUUCAUUCUGUUUAUCUUAAAAUACCUCUGACUUAAUAAGACUCAUUACUGUAUUAUCAGUAUGUACUUAUAAAAUAUUACAUCACUGUUUUUAUGUUCUUUUUAAAAAAAUGUAUGUAACCUCUAUUAAUA